AUGAAUCUAUCUCCGACGCUUCCUUCAACGAAAAUGCUUACUAAUUCCACAUCAGAUGAUUCACUAAGAGAAGAAGAACAUGAUUGGAAGUCUUAUUUAGCCGAAACAAAAAGUGAAGCAGCACCAGCUGAGAAUUUCAAACAAGCUUUAAUUCCACCAGAAAAUGAAUUUAAUGUAGGAGAAAAACUUGAAUCUAUUGAUCCAAGAAAUCAAGAUUCAUGGUGUAUUGGAACAAUUAUUGAAAAAGAAGGACCAAGAUUACGUAUACGAUUAGAUGGAACUGAUGAUCGAAAUGAUUUCUGGCGUCUUGUUGAUUCAGGAGAUAUUCGUGUUUAUGGAAAAACAUCGGCAUCAGGUGGACAAAUUGUUCCACCACUUGGUUUUCAACAAAAUUCAACUCGAUGGGCAAAAUAUUUCGAACGUUAUGUUAAAGAUGGUCCAUUCGCUGCUGAAUCAUGUUUUAAACCUCAACCACCAAAACCUGAAAAAAAUUAUUUUAAAAAAGGACAAAAAUUAGAAGCUGUUGAUCCAAGACAUCCUCAAAUGAUAUGUCCAGCAACAGUAAGUCAAGUUUCAACUGGUGAUCGUCGAUUAACGAUAUCAUUAGAUGGAUGGAGUGCAUCAAAUGAUUUUAAACCUGAAUAUUCAUCACGAGAUAUUUUUCCUGUUGGUUGGUGUCGAUUAGCUGGAAUUCCUCUCGCUAAAGUUGGUGGAAAUCCUCCUUCUCGUACACCGAAUAAAACUUUACCAACAACUCCAAAUAAACAAAAUGGAAAUGUUCGACAACAAUCAAAAGUAAAAAAACCUGUUAUUUCUCCUAUAUCAAAUGAUUCAUCAUAUUCACCGACAAGUAUGGAUGAAAAAAAUAAUAAUCUAACAACAAAAAGUAAAUCAAAGAAAACUUCAAGUAUUAAAAAAGAACGUCGAAGUUCAAAUGAAUUCAAUGAAAUUAAUGGAUUUAUUAAAAAAGAACGACCAAUUGUAACUGUAUAUUUAAAUUAUGUUGAUGAUAAUAGUGGAAUGUUAUUAAAUCCACAAAAAUUUCGUUUCUCAAUGCCAUCAAUGUUUGGUCCAGGUGAAUGUCAUACUGUGUUAGCAACAAUAUUUAAUUCAUGUAUAAAAUGUGCUUUUCAACAAACAUCUUUUAUUAAACGAAUACUUGAUAUAUUUCCAACACCUAAAGAAGACGAAAAAUAUUCUUAUACAGAAAUAAAAUUGGAUAAUGGUACAGUAAUAUAUAUACGACAACUUGAUACAGAAGAUGAUUUUUGGGAUAUUAUUCGUACAUUUCAAAAUGUGAUUUUAUCUGGUAAUGAUCUUUUUAUUUCAACUCUACCACCAAUACCUUUAAAUAAUCAAAGUAAUGAUUCCUCAUCAUCUUUUCUUGAUUCGUCAUUAUCACCAGAUAAAAAACAAUUAUCACCAUCAUAUAAACCAAUCAUGAGUAAUACCACUAAACGAAAAAGCACGGAAUUAACAUCAUCAUAUUCAGACAAUACAACUUUUAUAAGCAAUGGUAAAUCUGCACGAUCGAAUUCUAAAGAAAAAUCUGUUUAUGAUACAAAACCUUUAGUAAAUCCUUCUCCAAUAAUAACAAAUCAACAAAAUGCAAAAUCCAUUCAAAAUGGUGCUUCUCAUCGUCCUGAACGAUUUACACCAAGUGAAGUAGCAGGAUUUGUUCGUGGAAUCGAUCCGUCAUUUGAUAGUCUUGCUGCACGUUUUCUUCAAGAAGAAAUUGAUGGAAAAGCUCUUCUUCUUCUUACAACCGAUACAUUAAUGAGACAUAUGGGUUUAAAACUUGGUCCAUCUCUGAAAAUAAUUCAUCAUAUUGAAAAAUUAAAACAAUCUUAA